CCAAGAAAGGACCCGACGGCUUAGCUUUGCCCAACAACUACUGCGAUUUCUGCCUGGGGGACUCCAAAAUCAACAAGAAAACGGGGCAACCGGAGGAGCUGGUCUCGUGCUCGGACUGCGGGCGAUCGGGGCACCCCUCCUGCCUGCAGUUCACCCCCGUGAUGAUGGCGGCCGUCAAGACGUACCGCUGGCAGUGCAUCGAGUGCAAGUGCUGCAAUAUCUGCGGCACCUCCGAGAACGACGACCAGCUGCUCUUCUGCGACGACUGCGACCGCGGCUACCACAUGUACUGUCUCACCCCCUCCAUGUCGGAGCCACCCGAAGGGUUCUGGAGCUGCCACUUGUGUCUGGACCUGCUGAAGGAAAAAGCCUCCAUCUACCAGAACCAGAACAGCUCCUGA